AAGAUAACUUCUCUAACAGCGCUAACCCAGCAGUGCUUAGGAAAGACAGAUAGAGUCAGGCAGCGGCAAGGGGUGGCUGUACGACCCUCUUUUGGGGGGGGUCUGAUUAUUACAAAAAAAUAUACACACAUAUAUGCAUGCCCCGGCCGCAAGAUAGGUCAUAUGACGAUAAUAGGUAUUUUAGAAAGCAUAUAGCUAUAUAUCUAUACAUUUAAGAUGCCUAUUUUACUUUUCCUGAUAGACACGUCCGCUUCUAUGAAUCAGCGCACUUAUUUGGGUACGACGUAUCUGGACAUUGCUAAAGGCGCGGUUGAGAUCUUUAUGAAGCUGCGUGCCCGAGACCCGGCUAGUAGAGGCGACAGGUACAUGCUAGUUACAUUCGAUGAUCCACCAUACGGAGUUAAGGCGGGCUGGAAGGAGAACCAUGCCACGUUUAUGAGUGAACUGAAGAACCUGCAGGCGUCUGGACUGACAACUCUGGGUCACGCUCUCCGCGCGGCCUUUGACCUACUCAACCUAAACCGCCUUGUCUCUGGCAUCGACAACUAUGGACAGGGCCGUAACCCGUUCUUUCUGGAGCCUUCAGUGAUCAUCACCAUCACGGAUGGGAACAAGCUGACUCACACCUCUGGGGUGCCGGAUGAGCUUCACCUGCCCCUGACCUCUCCACUGCCAGGCAGUGAGCUGACCAAGGAGCCAUUCCGGUGGGACCAGCGGCUCUUCGCCCUGGUGCUGCGUCUCCCUGGGGCAGCCACGCCCGACAGCGAGCAGCUGGGCAGCGUCCCCAACGACGAGUCUGCCAUCACCCAGAUGUGUGAGGUCACUGGAGGUCGGUCAUACUGUGUACGGACUCAGAGGAUGCUGAACCAGUGUCUGGACUCUCUCGUCCAGAAGGUUCUGAGUGGUGUCGUCAUUAACUUUGAAAAGACAGGGCCAGAUCCGCCUCUGGUAGGCGAAGAUGGUAUGGUUGACCCGAGCCGGCCCGUGUUGUCCUUCAGCCCACAGCCCUGGCACAGCUGCCACAAGCUCAUCUACGUGCGACCCAACCCCAAGACAGGGGUGCCUGUAGGCCACUGGCCCAUCCCCGAGUCCUUCUGGCCGGACCAGAACUCCCCCGCUCUGCCUCCUCGCUCUGCCCACCCCAUGGUGCGUUUCACCUGUGUGGACUGUGAGCCCAUGGUGAUUGACAAGCUGCCCUUUGACAAGUACGAACUGGAGCCCUCGCCACUCACCCAGUAUAUCUUGGAGAGGAAGUCCCCACACAUGUGCUGGCAGGUCUUUGUGAACAGUAGUGGAAAGCACAGUGACCUAGCCCAGCCCUUUGGCUACCUGAAGGCCAGCACCACUCUCUCCUGUGUCAACCUCUUCGUCAUGCCUUACAACUACCCAGUUGUUUUGCCACUCCUUGAUGACCUGUUUAAAGUGCACAAACUGAAGCCAAACCUAAAGUGGAGGCAGGCCUUUGAGAUCUACCUGAAGACCAUGCCUCCUUACUUUCUCUUGCCAUUGAAGAAGGCACUGCGAAUGAUGGGAGCGCCCAACCUCAUCUCCGACAACAUGGACUGUGGCCUCAGCUACAGUGUCAUCUCCUACCUAAAGAAGCUUAGCCAGCAGGCAAAGAUGGAGUCGGAUCGCCUGAUCGUGUCUGUAGGGAAGAAGGCUCCCCAAGAGACUGGGAUAAAGGUGAAGAACCACUCCAACACCCUGUCCCUGGCCCACCGCAAAGACUUCAAGCAGCUGCUGCAGGGUAUCACUGGAGAGAUGUCCCUCCGCCUUGCAGACAUCAACUUCAAGGAGUUUGCCGGCUUUCAGAUUGCACUGCUCAACAAGGAUCUAAAGCCUCAGGCGUAUCGAAACGCCUAUGACAUCCCAAGGAGGAACCUUCUGGAUCAGCUGACACGGAUGCGCUCCAACCUUCUGAGGACUACUCAGAAACUUAUCAGAGGACAAGAUGAAGACUACCUUCACAGUAUACCCAUGGUUCAGAUGGGCAACUAUCAGGAGUAUCUAAAGAUGAUGCCGUCUCCUCUGAGAGAGAUCGACCCUGACCAACCCAAACGCCUGCACACCUUCGGCAACCCAUUCAAACAGGACAAGAAGGGGAUGAUGAUUGAUGAGGCAGAUGAGUUUGUAACGGGUCCCCAAAGCAAGAAGAGAGGCGUUACUGGGGACCCCAACUCGGGGGCUGCUCUGAAGAGAAGGCGGAGCAUGUCCCCUUUACUGCGUCGGCCCCAGACUCCACCAAUCAUCACCAACCAUGUAGUGGGGAAGGGGUCCAAUGGGAACGGGGUCCAGGGCCAGCCUGGCAUCAAGCCCAUCCCACUGCACAAAGGUAGGGGAGCAGAGGGGAACAGCAUGCUGGGCACAGAGAAUAACGGGGAGGGGGGUGUGGGGCCUGAAUCAGGGGACGGCUGGCCUGGAGUGGUGGUGGACGGUGUGGGAGGGGGCACAAAUGCACUCAUCCUGGAGGAGAGAGAGAGUGAGAGGCCUGGGAUGUGUGCGGGGGACAGUGGGGAGGACAGUGGCGUGGAGGAGGACAGGUUAGGGGAGGGUGGCCUGGAUGAGCGGCCCUCCUCAGAGAGACAGCAGCAAAGCUGUGAGGGGGACCAGGAGGGAGAGCUGGAGGGAGAUGAAAAUGGAGCAGACCAAGCUGAGCUUGAGGCGGUCACCAUAGCCCCACUAGAUGGCAGCAAUGCUGAGCUGCGCACACGGGUCAUCAAGGAGGUCCGCAAACCUGGCCGCAACUAUGAGACCAUAUUCAGGCUGCUGGAGGAGGUGAAGGGGUCUGUGAUGGUCCAGAGGUACUUCAUCCAUCACGCGAUCAAGGAGGCUGCCAGGUUUAAGAAGCGGGUGCUGAUCCAGCAGUUGGAGACAGCUCUGGAGUUGAUUGAGGAGAAGGAGCUGCAGCUCCCUGCUGUCCGCCUCAACAACGACCAUGGUAGAUAGUGAAGAAGUGGCCUGCAGGGGUCCCUGCUCAGAAACACAAAGAUAUGUACAGGAACAGGGUACUCUCCUUCACAAGACAUGGACAGGAACAGGGUACUCUCCUUCACAAGACAUGGACAGGAACAGGGUACUCUCCUUCACAAGACAUGGACAGGAACAGGGUACUCUCCUUCACAAGACAUGGACAGGAACAGGGUACUCUCCUUAACAAGACAUGGACAGGAACAGGGUACUCUCCUUAAUAAGACAU